CCAGCCCCAAUGCCCCGCGCACGGGCGACCGCAGGGCGGAGCCACCCCGCGAGCGCGACUGUCGCGGCGCCAGCGUGCACGGACCCCACGCACCCACCCUCCGCACCCGUCGCGGGUCCAGAAGGGAUCCUGCAAAAAUGAGCCAUUCUCACCCCACUGGAUUACUUGCAGCAUAUAAUAGUCUUACGGAUAAACACCUGGCUGGAUAUUUUAACAAUACAAGGAUAAGGCGACAUCUCUUGAGAUCAGGGCUGAUCACAAGAAAUGGAAGAAUACUUUCUGAAAAGGAAUACAAACUAAAUAUCAUGAAGAGGGAUCACCAAAAAUAUAUCCGGGAGUGCUUAGCCCAGGCUAUUUUCCAUAAGGUUCUUGAUAUGGAGCGUUACCAUCAGCUUGAAAUUAAAAAGAAACUGGAGACAUUAGCUAGGAAGGAGCGAAUUCAGAGAUUUAAGGGAGAGCACACAGGAUGGACUAUAGGAAAUAAUAUGCCAAUCCUGUCUCCCCGCCCCCCAGUUGGCCCCAAGACUAACCAUGGCCAUAGUGUUCUGGUUGAUGAAGGACAUUCCAGUCCAGUAACACUGACAGCCCCUCGACCAUACACUGCCCCAGGAAAUACGCAGCCUCCAAUUCGAUUACAACCUCUACCCAGUAAUCCUGCAGUAGGAACUGCUCCAAAGGUAACUUCGGGGUCCAGAUCAAAAACCUCAUUGCUGGAAAAUGAAGCUCCAUUUCCCACUGGGGGCAAGAAGGCAACGAUGAAGUUCAGGAACUCCAUGGACAAUUCACAGGGAAUGAAUCGAUAUCAAUUUCCAAAGAUUAACCGUUACAUGGUGCCUAUUCCUCCUCCACUUCCUCCCCCUAAUGGAAAAAUCACAAGGGAAAAUAGACCUGAAACAUGGAGAAGGAGAAGAGUUCGUCCAACCACUGCUCCAAAUGGCUUAGAACCUCUCUUUACCAGGGAUUCAAGAAGGAUUCACAAAACACCACUGCAUAGUAAUGCAGCUAUUACAAUGAUCUAUUUGGGGAAAAAUGUGCACCUAGCCUAUGAUCACUCAGAUUUCCGGGAUGAAAUAAAAGUUUAUCAGCAGCACUGUGGUGGGGAAAACCUGUGUGUCUAUGCAGGCAAACUACUUGAGAAAGAGACCUUUCAGUUUAUUUCCAAAAGGCACCAUGGUUUCCCCUUCAGUCUCACCUUUUUCCUGAACGGGAUACAGGUGAACAGGUUAAGUUCCUGCUGUGAAUAUAAGCAUCGAAAAGGUUCCAGACUUGGAGGCAAACGAGGCUACUUUGGGUUUGUGUGUGUCGAGAGAUCAUCUCCUUGCUACAAGUGCAUUAUAGCAAUGGGCCUUGACGAAAAAACAACUUCAUCAAAACCUAGGAAGGAAAAGAGUAUUGAGAGAAGAGAGGGAUUGAUGAAGGGUGAGGGGAAACUGAGGAAGGAUAGAGAGUACCUGAUACCAAGAAAGAGAGAGAUGGAGGGGAGCAAAACCUCAGCUUCAGCCAUUUUUUCAGCUCAAGAACUACAUACAGGGAUCGGCGAAGUGAGAACUGCUGUCGAAGAAAUGGAACGUAAAGAAAAGCCAGGACAAGAAGUCUGGGAAGAUGACCAAGAAAACAUAUUUAAAUAUGAAUAUGAAGAAGAUUUCGAAGCAGAUGAGGAGAAACAAGAUGAGAAAGCUAAUGAAGGACAGGCUGAUGAUCAAAUGAAUGGAAUGCCAAAGUCACCCUCAGAUGAUGAAAAAGAUCUUUCAGACCCUGAAAAGGAGAGUGAAACCUUGUUGUGGAAGGCAUCAGAUGCUGAUGACAAUGUGAAAGAUGAGGUUGAUGGAUGCUCUGAGAAUGAAUUGGAAGAGGAUAAACAUGAUAUAAGAACUGCUUCAUCAACCUCAUCCAGAAGUCACCCAUAUUCUAGUUGCAGUGAAGAUGAAUCUGCACUGGGGGACAGGGAAGCCCAAGCUGAAAACAGUCCAAAUGAAAGUGUCCGAAGUCCAUCUUCUCAGGAGUUGAGUGAAAAUGAUGAGCCAGGAAAAACCCACCUUCCAAUUGAGAAUUCUCUAGAAAUCGAAAUUGAUGACCAAGAAAUAAUGAAAGCAGAUGUGGAGACCAAGCCUCUGCCAAUAGAGGAAAACUUGGAGAAUGAUCUUGAAGAAGAAGCAGAGAAAGGAACCCGAGUGAUUGCAGAGGGCUUAUCUGAGAAGUCCAGGGAACAUGUUUCCAAGGAAGAAAAGGAAAAGAGUAAGAGUAACCUUUGGGAAGGAAGCGCUGCUAAGGUGAAGGACAAAAAGGCAGGUCCCCGUAGGGUGGAUAAAGGUGUUGGAUGGGUAGUAGCUGAAGCUGUGGGUCCCGGCUGCCACUGCCACUAUGGCUCUGAGUCUGGUGUUAGCAGUGCAGACAGAGGAGAGAAGCACUCAAGGAAGGUGGAGAUUGACACAGGUGCAGCACCGAACAGGAAUUUAGUGGUGGACGAAAGGGCAGCACUCAGCUCAAACAAGGAAUCCAAGCAAGUUGCAUCAGAAGAGCAUACACUGGAGAAGAAAGACGCAGUGGAGGAAGAUGAAGGUCCCCAACACAGGGAUGCUGACACAGAAGAAAAAGGGGAUGCAGCACCGUGGGGAAAAGCAGGGGUUCAUGAGGUUCCCUUGGGGCAGUGGAAGCCAACAGUAGAGCAGCCGGCAUUAGUAGGACAGUUUACAGAGGAAAGUAAUAUCCCUCAGGGCGUAGUAGGUGGGGCAGAGGCAGAAGCAGAAGGGGAUAGAAGGCCACAAAAAGAGGGGUUAGACCCCAGAGGACGAGAGGCAGCAAGAGAUUCUGGAGGUCUGAGUGAAGGCGAGGCUUCCGAGGAGCAGGCCCUGAAGCAGACGGUGCUGGAGACGGACACGGCAGCUUCCGACGGGGAGCAGGGUGAGGGGAAGGCCGUGCUUACAAGCCAGGCAGCAGCCCUGAAGUCACAGAGCGCUCAGGAGGCAGCGGCCCUGAGAGAGGCGGCGAGGCCGGAGGAGGGAGAGCCUGAGGGAGCGGCUGUGAGCGGGGCCGGGUCUGCACAGCCAGGUGUGGGGGACAGUGAGGGGGAAGCGUCCACAGACCUAGAGGACGUGGGACCCGGAGAAGACGCUACAUCCGAGAGAGAGGAGGGUUUAGAAGAGGCCAUACUGCGGGGAGAGGAGCCAGCCAGGGAGAGGGGGGCAGUUCUGGGAAGGGAAACGCCCUUGAGCUCCUCGACUUCUGUGAAGGCCCAGGCAACUCGCACGGGGGUGUUGGAGGACAGCCUCGAGGAACUUCGUAAGGCCCCUGUGGAAAGGGAGGGGGCUGAGAUGGAGGCAGAGUGUAAGACGGAAGAUGAGAGGAAAGACGUGUCACCUGAGGAAUUAGAUGCAGCGCGCGAGAGAAGGACAGCUGAGAGGCCGAAGCCACCUCUGGGGGAAACCGAAUCCGAGAGGGAAGCGGUGACAAGGACAAAGGCGCUUCAGGAUGAAGACACUUUAGAAGAAGAGCAAAAGUUGCAAGAGGAAGAGGGGGAACCCAUGAAGGAAGUAAGACCCGAGGAAGAGACACAAGCCCCCCAAAAUGACACGGGGCGUGAUGCUGAGGUUGAAGCAGCCAUGAGGGCGUCUGAGCUGACUGGAGACGCAGGGCCGCGAGGGGAGGCUCCACUGAGAGAGCGAGAGGAGGCCAUGUCUGAAGCAUGCCCUGGAUUUGAAGAGUCCCUGGGAGACAUAACGGUCUGGGGGAAAGAAGGAGGAGGAAGACUGAGAGAAGCUGGAGACACAGGGCCCAGAGGCAGAGCAGAGCUGCUCGUCCGGGAGAACGUGGCCCCCGCAGGGCAGGACGGGGGCCCGAGCCCUGCAGGAGGCGGGGUGUCAGGAGCUCCCGAAAGCGAGCCCUCGGGGAAGGCGCAGACACCCGGGGCUGCCGGCGAGGCCCGGGAGUGCGCAGCCAAAGAUCAAGCCAGCCUGAUGGGCUGGGAGGGGAGGGAUGAAGAAGGGCCUUUACAGGGGCCACAGGGAGUGGCUGUCCCAGCCAUGAUCCAAGAAGAUGCUCCCGAGGGAGACUCCACCGUGGCAGGAAAGUUGAGUGAAGAAGUGAUGGAUGAGGACCCAGAGGAGGCGGCGGAGGAAGAGUGCACGCUGGGGGUAGGGCUGAUGAAGAGCAGGGCCACCGAGGGGGACGGGGGCUUGCGGGCCGUGGCUGCAGCUGGGGAAGACGGCCACCAAGGAGGAGGAGCGGCCGGACCAGCCGCAGAGCGGGAGGCGUCGGCAGGUUCAAAGCCAGCUGCGGGGCAAACAGAAGCACGUGAAGCCCCCUCCUUUUCAGAUGUGGCAGGGGAGGAAAGCUGGCACAGAGUGGGUGAGACACUAGGAGAAACGGCAGCUGCAGAGAAGGUGGCGGUCGAGGAAAGAGCGCUGAGCGGGGAGGAGGUGCCCGCGACCGAGGAGGCGACAGUGACUUGGGAGACGGAGGCUGCGGUCAAAGCUCCAGGGGAACCUUCUGACCUGGAAGGGAGGGCCCCACUGCCAGGGCCGGCUCGGGAGGGAGGGGAAGCUAAACCCACACAGGAGGUGGAGUCUGUGGGAGAGGAGGCAGGGACGCGGAGCCCUGAGGAGGGGCAGGAGUCGGGGGCAGCUGAAGAAUUCAGACUGGGAUUAUCCCAAGAGAGAGGGUCAGAGCCCAGGAGAGAGAGUGCACGGGACGCAGGAACACUCUCUGGAAAGCUCAAUUGCACUGGGACCCAAGAGAAGCAAGAGCAUGCAGUGCACAGAGGAAGUGAAGACCCAGAUGUUUCGCUGAACCACAGGAAGGCCUAAGAGCCUUCGCGGCUGAUGGAUAUUUUCAAGACAUCUUCUGGAAGACUUAGGGCGGAGGAGAAGGAUCACCUGAGCAUCUCACCAGAACUUUAGAUUUUUUUUUUUUUAACAUCUUUAUUGGCGUAUAAUUGCUUUACAAUGGUGUUUUAGUUUCUGCUGUAUAACAAAGUGAAUCAGCUAAUGAGGACUUUAGAUUUUAUCUUUUUUUGUUUUUUUAAAUCCCUGUGCUUGUCUGAGCAGUUCCCAGUCGGCCAAUGCUGGUCUGUAGCACCUCAAGUACCUUGAGAAGAGCUGCUCAGAUGCUCCCUGGGGUGCCGGUUCCUAAUGGAGGACUGGGAGGCUGAUACCUAAGUCUACAUAGUUAACAUGUCUACAUUCAAAUCAAAUUGAUAGUUUUCAAAUGUUUGACUUUUACCAAAGAUUACCUGAAAGUCCCAGUCCUGAUGUCUGGGGUUUGUUUAAAUUCCUUUUAAUUUAUAAUCACAUAUUAGUCCCAGGUUCAUACAUGAGCGUUUUAUUUACAAUCUGUGGCUUUGGCUGUGAAAAUGAGCUCUAAAUGUCCUUCCCAGUAUACUCAGUGCUAAAGAUUGCUCCAGACCUGUAAGUCCUUCCAGAAAAGGAUUCCAUGGCAUGUCUAUUCACUUACACUUAGAAAUAAUCAUGCUUUCUAUUUAUGCCAGAUGAGUAAUUUUAAGUGUAAAUCUUGUUUCAAAUUGCCCUUUGUUUUUGCGUGUUUCCGUAGUCUUGCUUUCUGAGGUAGACAGGUAAAUGCUUGUGGCAUUUCAUUCCUGGGGGCCUUAUUUAUAGGGCCACUCAAUUUAAAUCGAUGUAGUAAAUAAUUUAGCUGCGUAAAAUGAGUAACAAUCAUUAUAGCAGGUAAACAUUGCACAUCAGUCCAUACACCAACAUUCUAGACUCUAGACUCUGGCUGGUGUCAUUCAAUGGAAAAGAAACUUGGAUUAAAUUAGCAUACUGCUCACCUUCCAAAGUUCUGUUAUUUCAAACCUCUGAACUAACCCUGCAGUGCAUUGCAAAUCCACGGUCACAACUUCUUUCUAAAUUACCCCUGCCCCCAUAUCACUAGGAAUAGUUGUGUAUCAGUGUGCCCCUUGGGGAUUUUGACUUCCUUGUGAUAGCUUUCUUUGUUCAUAUGCCAGUGCCCCAAAGGGCACAUAUGUUUGGCCAUCUUUUCAUUAUGUGAGGAGGUGAAAGAAAAUGUCCUAAAGCAGUGAUUCUCCAGUUAUGCUACACAUUAGACUUUCAUGGGGCACUUUCAUGAAUGAUUCAAUCCCUGGCCCUACCCCAGAGAUUCAGAUCGAAUUAGUUUUAGAUGGGUGUAGGUAUCAGUUUUUUGUUUUGUUUUGUUUUUUAAUUCUUCAGUUGGUUUUACAAUGUAGGCAAAAUUGAGAACUGCUGCCCUAAUCAUUAUACAAUCCAUACUGGCUGCCCUGUGUCCCUAAGGACCAGGCAUAUUAUCUUUAUUUUUUUUUUAUCUUUAUAGAUGUGUUUCAUUUUAAUAAAGGAGUCAUUCAGUGAUCAAAGGUAUAAUGGACCAGUGGUUCUCACAACGUGGUCCCUUGAUCAGGAUAUCAGCAUCACCCAGAACUGUUCCAAAUACAAAUUCCUGCCUUCAUCUCAUACCCAUUAAAUUGGAGACUCAGUGGGUGAGGCAGAGCCAUUGGUGUUCUAAUAAGCCCUCUGGGUAAUUCUGAUGUACCCUCUAGUCUGAAAACUGCUGUCACGGACUAUUGAUUGUUUUGAGGAUUGGUCUCAGUUGGAAAAUGGAUUGCAGAAGCAUUGUGUACUUUGUCUCUCUUUCUGUCUCUCUUUUACCAUCUGUCUCUCUUCUCUCUUUUUCUUUUUUCUCUAGGCAAUGGUACUCACUCUAAAAGUGAUGACCUCAACUUUAAACUCAUUUUUAUUGGGAAUGUAAUGAUAUAUAUGUGAAGUCCUUCAGCCCCACCCCCUACUGAGGACGAGCAUCUCUCAUGGCACAUCAUAGAUCUCCAUUGUCUUACAUUUUAUGAGUGGAUUUCAUCUACAUUAUAUCCAAUUUCAUUUAUUACUGAGCUGUAUUACUGUGGCGUUCUACAGUAUUUUUUCGCUGCUCUCAACCUCAUUGUUACAGAGCACUUUGAAUACAUAGCACCUUAUGGGAAAGAUUGUAAACUUGUUAAUUCCAUUGAAGAAUGAGUUUUGUACAAUGUGCUAAAUGGAAAUUGCAUUGGAUUAUUUUUAUAUUUAACACAUUCCAUCAAAACAUUCUGUAAAAUUAUACUACAGUCUGCAUGUGGGUUUAACUGUGAAAUUCAGUGUUGUGAUAGUUCGAUGAAGUGAAUUCUUUCUCUGCAAAUACUAUAUUGAUAAAAUUAUUUUAUGUUCGACUGAACUGAUUAUUUAUUCUAGUUUCAUUAUUAAAAGCAUAA